GCAGGAAGUCCCAGCUGCAGUUGCGAGAGAGUUCCUGCUUGUUGCUGCCCGGACUGAUUUUGUGGAGGCGCCCAGGCAGUGAGGGAAGAAGACCCAGCUGAGUCUUUCCCAUUGAACCAACAGAUGCUGGUCUCCAGUUCCUAAAAUUCCUGCCUGUCUUCGCUUCUGGCCCCUGGAAGCCUUGAGUUCUGACCAUGUUCGCCAAAGCCUUCAGGGUGAAAUCCAACACGGCGAUCAAAGGCUCAGACAGGAGGAAACUGCGAAGUGAUGUUGCUGCAGCAUUUCCGUCCCUGACUUCUGAACAGUUAUCUGAGAUUGUGCCAAAUAAGGAAGAACUGAAUGUUGUUAAACUGUAUGCUCACAAAGGAGAUGCUGUCACAGUCUACGCCAAUGGCAAGAAUCCUGUCCUUUUUGAAAUGGAGAAGAUCCUGUAUCCCACAGUGUACACUCUGUGGUUGUAUCCUCACUUUCUCCCCGCCUUUUCCACAUGGCCUCCCGUGUUGCAUAAACUAGCCGGAGGAGCAGAUCUAAUGCUCCCAGGGGUUAUAGUGCCGUCUUGUGGUCUUCCUGAGGUAGAGCGUGGGACUCUCUGUGCUAUUACCUUGUCUGGAAACAGUGCCCCUGUUGCCAUUGGAAUAGCUAAUAUGUCCACUGCAGAGAUGGCAGCAGCUGGGAUGAAAGGAAAAGGCUUCACAGUGCUUCAUACAUAUUUGGAUCACUUAUGGGGGUUUGGUGACAAGUCAUGCCCACCCAUCAUAGCUCCCUUAGAAGGAGAACCUUCCAAGGUGAUGGGUGCUGAAGAAGAGGAACAAGAAGAUGAAGAAGGGAAGGUCCAAGAGUUGGAAAACAGCUUCUCUGUUGACUCCUCCUUGCAGAGAGACUUUGGAAAUCUAAUCGUGGAGGAAGCUACUCAGUCUGCUGAACUAAGGAGAGAGGAGGUACCAAAUGAAGAUGGAGCUGCUGAAACUGUCAGAGAAGAAAGCCCAGAAGUUCCUCACGAAAUAGAAGACAGGAGUCCACAAGAGCUAAUGGAUGUGUUGCUUCAUCAGUGUUUCUUUCAUGCCUUAAAAUGCAAAGUGAAGAAAUCAGAGCUCCCUCUGCUGACCAGCACCUUUCUGCGCAACUAUAUGUUUUCAUGCUGCCCAAAAGGUCAGCAGCUCGACAUUAAGAAAUCCAGCUACAAAAAGUUCUCUAAGUUCCUGCAGUCGAUGCAGCAACAGAAGAUCCUUCAGGUGAAAGAACUGAGUAAGGGGGUGGAGAGCAUUGUGGAUGUGGACUGGAAGCAUAUCAGCAUUAGAUCCUUUGUAGUACCUGAAACAGAAGAAUCUGAAUUGCCUGCUCAAGAUGGUCAAAGUUGUAAUGGAGAACAGCCAUACCAUGCUCCUGAAAUCACUCCACUCUAUGGCAUCUCAUCAAAAAUGGCUCCCUUGUUCCAGGAAUCUGGAUAUAAGAAAAACCAUACCCUAACCAGCAGUGAAGUGAGAAGUGCCAUCAUCAAUUAUGUGAAAAUUAAUGAAUUGGUUGAUGAAACCAACAAAAACUUUGUAAAGGUGAAUCCGAUCUUAUGUGACUGCCUGUUGAACAAAUCGGAGCAAGAUGAAAUCUCAAAGUUCAAAUGGGAUGAUCUCUUGAGUAGGUGUCUGGAUCAACUACAGCCCUUCCAUCAGGUGACCUUUGCUGGACAUGAACCUAUUGUGAGAAAAGGAAACAUAGACCCCAUUGAAAUUACCAUAGGCCAGAGAUCAUCCAAUAAAAAGGUAACGAUAAUUAAGAAUCUUGAGCUGUAUGGUCUAGAUCCACAAAUUGUUGCCAAUAUUCUCCAGCAAAAAGUCCAAGCUAGUGCCACUGUAACCCCACUCCCAGGUGCAAAAGACAGAGCACAAGUCCAGAUACAAGGCAAUCAGAUCAACCACCUUGCUAAGCUGCUGUUAGAGGAUUACCAUCUACCUCGCAAAUACAUCCAAGGCCUAGAGAAGGCACCAAAGAUGGGCCGCAAGAAGUAAUGAGGCCUCAAGAAGAUAUUCGUGCUCCAUUAUUUAUAUGUAUUAUAUUCAAUGAAGUGAGUAAUCCAACUGCCUUACCUGUUAAAAAUGGUUUUUAUUUAAAAAAAAUUAAAAAAAGAUUUAUCUCCA